AUGGACCGCAACCAGGAGACCUCGGAGGACCCAUUCGAUUCCCACCCCCUACUCGAUCUUGAUCUCGAACACGUCCUUGCGCUCCUCGUCCUUGAUCUUGGGAACGGUCACCCUGAGCACGUCCGUGCAAUCUGCCAGGCCACCCUUCCCCACCAACCAAAAAACUGCAUCGAAUCCUCGCCGCGCCGCCAGGAGCCUAGCCGACGGCAUGCCGCCGCCGCCGCCGCUGACUCCGCUCCCCGCAUGGCCCGAUCCCGAUCCCAGACCCAGUUCCAGGCGGACCUCAAGAACAGGAAACGCGAGGACCGAAGAGGGAAGGAAGAGAGGGCGGCGCCUUACUGGUGA